CUUAACCACUGUGCCACCUGGGAAGCCCACCAUUGUAUUCUUGAGUCUCAGAAAUGAACUACCUUUUUGCUCAUAUGACUUUUGUCAUGUUUUUUUCUACAGGCAUUUUUUUUAACCAUCUGUGAAAACUUCCUGUAAUUCAUUUUUCCUCACUCCAGUAUUAAGAAUUAUACCAAAUUAAAAAGAUAUGAAUGAAUAUCCUAAAAAAAGAAAAAGGAAGACUUUACACCCUUCUCGUUAUUCAGAUUCCUCUGGAAUAAGCAGAAUUGCAGAUGGAUUCAAUGGCAUUUUUUCUGAUCAUUGUUAUAGUGUUUGUUCUAUGAGACAACCAGACUUAAAAUAUUUUGACAACAAAGAUGAUGAUUCUGAUACAGAGACAUCAAAUGACUUGCCAAAAUUUACAGAUGGAAUCAAGGCCAGAAACAGAAAUCAAAACUACCUGGUUCCCAGUCCUGUACUUAGAAUUCUAGAUCACACUGCCUUUUCUACAGAAAAAUCUGCUGAUAUUGAAAUUUGUGAUGAAGAGUGUGACUCCCCUGAAUCAGUCAACCAGCAAACUCAAGAGGAGAGCCCUAUAGAAGUUCACACUGCUGAAGAUGUUCCUAUUGCUGCAGAAGUGCAUGCAAUUUCUGAAGAUUAUGAUAUAGAGACAGAAAACAAUUCCUCUGAGAGUCUCCAAGACCAAACUGAUGAAGAGCCACCAGCUAAACUUUGCAAAAUUCUUGACAAGAGCCAAGCUUUUAAUGUGACUGCCCAGCAGAAAUGGCCUUUACUGAGAGCUAAUAGCAGUGGCCUCUAUAAAUGUGAACUUUGUGAGUUCAACAGCAAAUAUUUUUCUGAUUUAAAGCAGCAUAUGAUCUUGAAGCAUAAGCGUACUGAUUCAAAUGUCUGUCGAGUAUGCAAAGAAAGUUUCUCUACCAACAUGCUCCUGAUCGAACAUGCCAAACUGCAUGAAGAGGAUCCCUACAUUUGUAAAUACUGUGAUUAUAAGACAGUAAUUUUUGAGAACCUCAGCCAGCACAUUGCAGACACCCAUUUUAGUGAUCACCUUUAUUGGUGUGAGCAGUGUGAUGUACAGUUCUCCUCAAGCAGUGAACUCUACCUACAUUUCCAGGAACACAGCUGUGAUGAACAGUACUUGUGUCAGUUCUGUGAACAUGAAACGAAUGAUCCAGAAGACUUGCAUAGCCAUGUGCAUGUGGGAUCUUCCCGGACCAAGACUCGAACCCGUGUCCCCUGCAUUGGCAGGAGGAUUCUUAAUCACUGCACCACCAGGCAAGUCCUCUGCUCUUCUUUUGAGAACAGUUUUAGUUAUUGGUAGACUUUUUCUUCUUCCAUGUAAAUUUAGAAUUAGUUCCAAUUCCAUUUAAGUCUUGUUGGAAUUGCAUUAUAGUUAUGAUCAUUUUUGAGGGAAUCAACAUCUUUACAAUGUUAAAUCUUUUCUUUUGUAAACAUUGUCUAUUUCUCCAGUUACGUAGGUCUCUUUUAAUGUUUUUUUAAAUUUUUUCCACAAAGGUUGUGUGCGGCUUUUGUUAAGUCAAUUCCUAGAUUCUUUACAGUUUUGGUUGCUUUGACAUGCUAUCUUAUUUUCUAAUUGGCUACUGCAUGUAUAGGAAAACGUCUGAGUUUUGAAACAUGGAUUUUUGUAUACAGAAAUAAUGUUUUGGUUUUAAUCUUUUUAGUUCUAAUAGCUGUCUUUGCUUAAUUUUUAAUGUAAAUAACCAUAUAAUCUGCCAUAAAUUAUAUAUUUGUCUCUUUACUUCCAGUCUGAGAGUCCAAAUGGCUCUUUUUUCUUAUCAUCAAAUUUGUCAGCACUUCUACUACUACAAGGAGUAGAAAUAGCAUUAGCAGGCAUUUUUUUUUUGUUCCUAGCCUUAGAUGUAAGACUCCUGAAGUUUCACCAUUAAGUAUAUUUUCUGUAGGUUUUGAUAAGUGGCCUUUAGCAGUUUUCUUAGUUUUUAAAGACUUUUUAUUGUAAGUAGGUAUUAAACUUUAGCAAUGACUUUUUCUAUAGCUAUUGAGAUAAACAGGCGGGUUUUCUCCUUUAAGUCCGCGAAUAUGAAUUUCAUUGGUUGAUUUUCUAAUGUUGAAUUAUCUUUGUAUUUUUAGGAAAACUCUACCUGUACAAAAAUUUUUUUCUAAUACAAUGUCGGAUUCAGUUAGGUAAUAUUUCACAUAGGAUGUUUGCCUUAUUCAUACGUGUGAUUUUCUUUACUUACACCU